AGCACGCGUUAAGUUGUGAGUUUUCUUUUCUGAAAUACGUGAGGGAGCAGCCGUGCACCUUCUCGAGUACCGUGCCAUUGUGCCGUUUCACAGUAAUACACGUUCUUCCUUUUCAGAUUUCUCCGGUGUUUUUGCCGCUCGCAAACGUACAAAGAAGUAUCCACUGGUGUCGUGCAAAAGGCUUUAAUUUGUACAGUUUCGCCGAGUGCGAAACGCCGGAGGAACGCUGUUUUUGUCUGCCAUACACAUAUAAAGUUCUGUUCACAUCGAUUGAAAAAGGUGUCAUGGCGGACGAAGACGUCAACUACGAUGAGCUGGCUGACUUGCUAGCCUCAAACUCUGUUGUCGGAGACAAGGGACACGAAAAAGGCGACGCCGACGCCGCUGAAAAGCCUCGCAAGGAAAAGAAUAAAAAAAAGCACAAAAAGAGUAAGAGGGACAAGAAGAAGCGGUCGCGCGACGAGGAUGGCGACGCCUCCUCCGACGACGAGCGCGUCAAAUCCAAGUAUGUGUUGGAUGCGGCGGAGAGCGGCGAUUCCGACGGCGAGGAUGAGCUCUCCGACGCAGAUUUUGUUGCCGAUGAUGAAGAGGUGGAGGACGUGGACUACGGUGAGCGGCCUAAGCCGUACCUCUUUCAUGAAGGCGACGACAAGCAAAGCGUAGAUGAGCUCGCUCGCUACUACGAAGAGGCGGACCGGCACUAUCGCAAGCAUGGAGACACGAACGAUGCGAUGCUCACACAAGGCGACCUGUCCUCGCGACGGCUGGCUUCCCAGUUUCUGCCGCGGGAGGACGACCCGAAGGUGUUUGCGGUGAAGUGUCGUCCUCGCAUGGCGCGCGUGCUGGUGACGCGCAUCGUGAACAAGUGCUACGCCUACCGUGCGGGCCACAAUUAUGAGCGGAAAAAAGUGGAUUUGGGUAUCAUCUCCGUCUUCGCGUUAGACCACGUGAAGGAGUACAUUUACGUAGAGGCCAGUCGGAAGCGCUUCGUAGAAAAUGUGCUGAACGGUCUUGACGGCGUUUUUCGUUUUAAUAUCGCUGUGGUGGAUCCGAAGGAGCUGCUGCAGACAAUGGAGACCCGGCCGUCGACGCUGAAGGUUCGUGUAGGGGAUUUUGUGCGUCUCCGUCAGCGCUUCUACCGGGGCGAUCUCGCGCAGGUGACAGCGCUGCACCCCGACGGCGUUCACAUCACGUGCAAGGUGGUGCCGCGCGAGGACUUUGUACAGAAGAGCUUCAAUAAGCCGACGAAACGAUUGCCACCCCGUUUCUUUGCCCCGCGCCUGGCCGUCGGCGUGCGUGAGAUGGAGAACGCAUACGUGUGGGGCGACCUGCAUUUUGACCGUGACGGGUACCUGCUGAAGUCUGUGUCGACACGCAUGGUCGUGUCAGGCGUGCAGUUGGAGCAGCCCUCCACCGAAGAGCUGGCUCGCUUCUACAACAACCAGCGCGACAAGGUCGAGCGGGCUAUCAGGGCAGCCGAGGCUGCCGCGCAGGUGCCGCCCAUCAGCAUCGGCGACUCCGUGCGUGUGACGUCGGGGCAGCUCCGCAACACACUCGGCGUGGUGGAAAACAUCUUUACGAACACCAGCACCGCUGUCCUUACGUGUGCCGUUCCGGGGCGUGCGCAGCCGAUCAAGGUGCAGGUGGAACUCACCGCCUGCACAAAGCACUUUUCGGAGGGCGCCCACGUCGUGGUGGAGCGCGGCGAGCACACCGGCGAGUCUGGCACGGUGGUCAAGUCGUGGGGAAGCAUCGUGUUGCUGUUUCCUGAUCGCGCAGCUGUUGGCGUGGAGCUGAAGGUGGAGGCCAACGAUUGCCACCAAAGCAAGCUGGGCAGCGUCUCGACGCACACCAACGGCGUGUGGCAGCUAUUUGACCUCGUCUCGAGCACGGAGGCGAAUUGUGUCGGCUGUAUUGUGCGCCUGAACCGCAAUGACGUUGACGUGCUGACGGAGAACAACGACGUGCGCACACUUUCGUACGCGCAGGUGAAGGCUGUCGGGCGGGACGCGCGGCAAACGACAGACCGCCGCAAGAACAUUCUCUCGCGCGGAGUUGAGGUGAUGAUCGAUAAGCACCCGAUGACGCCGAUCGGGUUGGAGGGGCAGACGGGCCGCAUCGAACACGUCUUCCACCGCACCCUCUUUGUGCGCUGCCGUGCCUCGCCGCUGCACGCAAACAUGGUGGCACUGGACGCAGACUGCGUCCUUCUCCUUGGCGGCCGCAAGACGAAUCGCCGCGUUGCACCGGCGCUGAGCGCACCGGCAGCGAUGAACGCCGGACCGUACGGAGCUGCUGCAGCGCGGCUGUCAGCGGGUCAGAGCCGCGACUCCGAAAUUUGGGACGAAAGCUCUGUGAUGGACGUUAAUUUCUUCCCCAUGUGA